AUGUCCCUUUAUCGAUUGGUGUAUGGCAAGGCUUGUCAUUUGCUGGUAGAGCUGGAACACAAAGCUUUUUGGGCUAUAAAGAAGCUGAACUUUGAUCUCCAAGCUGCUAGAGAGGCCCGAAUGCUUCAACUAAAUGAGCUUGAAGAGAUGAGGUUUUUCUCCUAUGAAAAUGCCAAGUUGUACAAGGAGAAAACCAAAAGAUGGCAUGACAAGAGGAUUCAACAUAGAGUGUUUGAAGAAUUGCAGCAAGUUAUGUUGUUCAAUUCAAGGUUGAAGUUGUUUCCUAUGACGUUAAAGUCUCAAUGGUCCAGACCAUUCACUAUCAACAAAGUGUAUCAUUUCGGAGCUAUUGAUGUCAAAGAAGAACAGUUUGGGAGGGUAUUUAAAGUGAAUGGACAACGACUAAAGCACUAUAUUGGAGGUGAAGUCGAUCGGGCAAAGACCUCAAUCACUUUGGAAGAUGCAUGA